UUAUUAAGCACUUUUGCAUCUCUAACACCAGACCGGUGUCAUCCGGAUGAAAGAUAUGUCCUUCUCGAGCUCAAAUCGGAGUUCAAAAUUUGGAAGUCUGGGGAGUUUAAUGUUUACUUUAGCGCCGCGGUGAACCUUUAUGAUUAUUACUCGAUG